AUGGACCUCGAAAAUUUCAUCCAUGACAGUGUUGUGCCUGAUGUUAUUCCCAUAAAGCCGAAACAACUCAUACUAAUCACCUACCCAAGCGGAGUAAAGGUUCAACUUGGAAACGAACUGACUCCAACACAGGUAAAAGACAAGCCAACGGCCACAUGGGAUGCUGAGCCGAACACUCUCUAUACGCUAAUAUUUACAGAUCCCGAUGCCCCAUCUCGAAGAAAGGGCACACCCGGGAAGAUGUUCAAGCAUUGGAUGGUGGUGAAUAUUCCCGAAAAUUCUCUGCAAAUGGGCGACACAACAGCCGACUACAUUGGAGCUGGCCCACCCGAGGGAACUGGCCUUCAUCGCUAUUGCUUUCUGUUGUACAAGCAAUGCAAACGACUCGACUCGGGUCCAAUGGUGUCAUCUGAGUCGUCAAGUGGUCGAAUGAGAUGGGAACUCGCUCCUUUCGUUCAAGCCAAUCAUUUGACGCUCGUUGGGGGGAAUUUUUAUCAAGCUCAAUACGAUGAAUACGUGAUAACGAUGCAAAAGAAACUCUUCGGAGUCUUCUAUCCGAUAUUCGCCUGUUUGAAAGCGAUUGGAAUUGUGAAAUUGCUGACGACC